AUGACGCCAGACUUCCCAGAUGAGGCUCUCCACUUUCGCGGCAAGACCUUGACUCCCGAAAGCCCUCGGCCGGUACACGUCGCGGAACCUACCAGUAUCCCUGUGUUGCAGAAUCAAAUGGACCCCGUUUUCAACGACACCUCGACUUAUGGGCAGGCCGAGGACUUCUAUGGCAACAGCUACGGUGCGCAGUUGAAUGGACAGUAUACAAGCGCGGGUGAAGCGGGGUGGCAUGGCUCUGUACAGCGUGGUCAGGAACAACCACCAUCACAGCAUCAAUCGCAUAUACAAGGUAGCCUCCAUUCUGGCCCUCCCUUAAUGAAUAACGCGUUGAUGGAUGCCGAUACCCCUUCUCCAGCCACAACUGCCGCUUCACCCCCCUCGCCCAACACAACUUUAUCCACACAGCCCUCGAGUGUUGGGAAUACUACAGACUCUUCUCUAACGGCGUGUGCUGCAUCAGAUCCUAGCUCCCUUCAAACCCACCCUGUCCCCGAUGCCCACCCAUUCUCUUCCUAUGCUGCUCGCAACAAUUCCUUCGCGACUGAGGUAAACCACUCCAUCGGCGCCUUGCAAAGCCAGGCGGCGUCGCAUGGCCGACUAGACGCGGAGGGAAUGUUCGAGGAUAAUAGUGCUGGGAAUGGUGUCGACUUCCAGAACCUCCUUGAUAAUCUCCCACCAACUUCAACAUCUCCCUCAGCACCUACCGCGUCCACAACCACUAUCCCAGCGGACUCUGCUUCAGUCUCACCCCAAGCUGCAGCCGAUGAAGUGCCUCAAUCCUCCCUAGGCCUCCCUCCGCGCCCUCCACCACAGGAGAAGCCCUCUAUUCACCCUAAUUACAACCCCAGCGAUGAUAUUCGUUCAUAUCAUCAACUCCCCGCCCAUAAUGCCUCUAACGCGUCAAAUCCCUUCGCGUCUCAGCCGAGUAAUUACCAAUCCAACGUCGGACUGUCUUCCUUGCCGGCUGGUGCUCCAGGGACAUCCUCCGGGGGCGUUUCCCUUCCCCCUCCGCCGGUGGCUAGCUUCCAACAACCGCCAUCCUCUCCAGCGGAGACCCAAGAACCGCCAGUGCCCGCGAUGCCGAAGAACGGCCGAGUCGAUCGACAAGCACUCCGCUCCGAUGAUGAUGCGCCGUGGGGUCCAGAUGUUCAGAAAAAAUAUGACGCAUUCCUGCAUGAAGAAAGAGUUUACGUGACUGAGGGACUCUGGGAUCGCUUUCCAUAUGGAUCAAGAUUAUUUGUUGGCAAUCUACCCACUGAAAGAGUGACCAAACGAGACCUUUUUCACAUUUUUCAUAAUUAUGGAAAGCUCGCACAGAUCUCGAUCAAACAAGCCUACGGCUUCAUACAGUUUCUCGAGGUCUCGUCCUGCAAACGGGCUCUCGAAGGCGAACAAGGAGCUAUCGUGAGAGGACGGAAAGUUCAUCUUGAAAUAUCUAAACCGCAGCGGAAUACCAGGCCGGCACCAACCCAGUCGGAAGCUUCACGUGCUCCCCCUCGUCGCUCAAGGUCACCCGACUAUGCUCGAGGCGGACCUCCGAGCAAUAGGUCGUCGAGGGGCCCGGGGGACCGUUACGAUCGACCACACGAACCAGCAAGGUUGCCAUUCAGUGACUUCCGAGAUGAGCCCUGUCACCGUAGGCGGGAGGAUUACCGCCCACCGCGGUCGCCUUCUCCGCGCGGAUACCGUCUACGGGAGGGAUAUCGGUCUCGAGAUAGAACCCCAGAACGGUUCGAUCGGCGUGACAGGCGACGCUCUCGUUCGCCUUACGGAAGGGAUAGACGAUACCGCAGUCCAAGCCCUCGUGGCCGCGCGACGUAUGACAGCGAUGCGGAUAUACCUGUUCCCAGGCGAGCCCCCAGAGAUGUGCCGGACGUGCAGAUACUGGUUCUCGAGGAGCUAGACCGGAACUUCAUCUACCAUGUAGAGAGCAGCUUCCGGAACCGUGGACUUCGAGUAGAUGUUCUGGUAUUAGGAGCGCGUAUCCCCUUGGACGCUGCAGUCAAGCGACAGGCCUCUGAAGGCGUUCUUGCCGUGGUGAGACUUUCACGACCCAGUUAUCUACAAAGAAAGAUACCGCUGCAGAUUUUCGACCGAAGUGCAGGUGUUGAUAAUGUCCGGUCCAUUGAGUAUCCCGACCUUGAACCCCAUGUUGCAGCAGAUAUCGUCGGUCAGGCUCAAACUCUGCAACGAAACGCACCAAAUGUGCCUCUCCCAUCCCCUGCUUAUGGGGUUCCUCACCUCCCCUCUGCACCUCUACCUCAUCCUGCCGCUCCUACACUUCCAAACCAGCCCAAUCUUGCAAACGCCAUUUCGCACCUUGAUGGGGCUGGCUUGCAGUCUUUGCUAGCUGCCCUGCAACAGCGGCCAACUGCAGUACCAGCCGCGCAGCAGCCGAUACCCCCCAUCCCGAAUCCUGUCCCUACUCCAGAUUUGGCGAGUCUUCUAAGCGUCGCCACUCGACAGCCUGCUUCGCUCAAUCCUUCGCAACCGCCUCUCCCGCAACAACCUCUUUCCCAACAACCUCUUCCACACCAACCAUUUAUGCAAGGCCAUAGCGCCUCGCCAAUAUCCGAUCCGAACCUAUUGUCACUCUUGGCCAAAGUAGGGGGACACCACCAACAGGGGCAGCCUACUAUGGCCUCCCAACAAGUCCAGAAUCUCAUGAGCCAGUUGGGCAAGUGGAAACAAUGA